GGGCACUGGGGACAGUGGUCGCUCUGGCCGCCGGGCCCAUAGUGCAGACAGGGCUGCGAGGCUCCCGAGUCCGAGGAUCACGUGCUGCUGGCCGCAACUACAGCCAGAGAAGAUCGCCCGGCCGCAGCCCCUCCGCCCCUCCAAGGCGGGCACCGGGACAUAAACGAAUCCACGAGCGCGGAACGGUCCCUGCACUGCCUGACGCCCCGCCACCACGCCGCCUCCGUGCAGCUCCUCGCCGGGUCCCUGCUCGCCCCUGGAACCCUGCGGGAGGCGGGACCGGGCCUCGCGAGAAACUACGGCUCCCAUGAAGCGUUGCGUCCGCGCAGGCGCGGCGAGUGUCGCCGCGCCUAGACCCUAUUGGCUGGCCCUCGCGGAGCCGGGAGCUCUGAUUGGCUGAGGGCUCUGAGGCGACAGAUUCCGGAAAGGGGGAGAGCAGCCAAUAUGGCGGCGGAGCGAGGCGCCGGGCAGCAACAGUCGCAGGAGAUGAUGGAGGUUGACAGGCGGGUGGAAUCCGAAGAAUCGGGUGACGAGGAAGGGAAGAAGCGCAGCAGCGGCCUCGUGGCAGACCUCAGCGAGCAGAGCCUGAAGGACGGAGUGGAACGUGGGGAGGAGGACCCAGAAGAGGAACAUGAGCUGGCUGUGGAUAUGGAAACCAUCAACCUGGACCGAGAUGCAGAGGAUGUUGAUCUAAAUCACUAUCGCAUUGGAAAAAUUGAAGGUUUCGAGGUGCUGAAGAAGGUGAAGACUCUCUGCCUUCGUCAGAACUUAAUCAAAUGCAUUGAGAACCUGGAAGAACUGCAGAGUCUCCGUGAGUUGGAUCUGUAUGAUAACCAGAUCAAGAAGAUCGAGAACCUGGAGGCACUGACACAGUUGGAGAUUCUAGAUAUUUCUUUCAAUCUGCUAAGAAACAUUGAAGGGAUUGACAAAUUGACACGGCUGAAAAAACUCUUCUUGGUCAACAAUAAAAUCAAUAAAAUUGAGAACAUAAGCAACUUACAUCAACUGCAGAUGCUGGAACUGGGGUCUAACCGCAUCCGGGCAAUCGAAAAUAUCGACACAUUAACCAACCUGGAGAGUUUGUUUUUGGGGAAAAACAAAAUCACUAAACUUCAGAACCUGGAUGCACUUACCAACCUGACCGUCCUCAGUAUGCAGAGCAACCGACUGACGAAGAUCGAGGGCCUGCAGAGCCUGGUGAACCUGCGGGAGCUGUACCUCAGCCACAAUGGCAUCGAGGUCAUCGAGGGCCUGGAGAAUAACAACAAACUUACGAUGUUGGACAUUGCAUCAAAUAGAAUCAAGAAGAUUGAAAAUAUCAGCCAUCUAACAGAGCUGCAAGAAUUCUGGAACCCCUGUCCCGCAUCGCCUGAUAUCCAGCACCCAGAAGCCCUGCCACCGGUGUCCUGUGUCCUGUGCUGUGUGACAGAAGGCAGGCCUGGCACAGGGCCUUCACCUGGCUUGAGCCGAGGCACUCUCUUUCUGCUUCAUAUGAACGACAACCUCCUGGAGAGCUGGAGUGACCUGGAGGAGCUGAAGGGCGCCAGGGGCCUGGAGACCGUCUACCUGGAGCGCAACCCCCUGCAGAAGGACCCGCAGUACCGGCGCAAGGUCAUGCUGGCCCUGCCCUCCGUGCGGCAGAUCGACGCCACCUUCGUCAGGUUCUGAGUCGCCCUGCUCCCCACCUGUCCCAGCCACGGUUCCCCAACCCACCUGUUGCUCCUGACGGCGUCACUACACCAACAGUCACAACCCAAUGGCAAUAAAAGGCCCUGGUGGUGGCUGCGUGUCUGAUGCUGCGCACCCUGGAGACGCCAGUGCCGUCACAUCCCGCCCCACGGUCCUCUGGGUGCACUGUCCACGUCCCCGCAGCCCGAGAGGGAGCACACGCCUCGCUGCACCCGCGGCUCCUCUCCACCCCGGGGGGUCACAGCCCCACCCGAGUGGCGCGGCACGGGGUCUGUGGGCGCCCCGAGGACGUCCCUGCGGCCCUGGGGUGUGCGGGGCAUCCUGGUCGAGGGCUCGUGCGGCCCUGGCCUGCAGGGCCUUGACCACACCUCUCUCAGAACAGUCUGUGCCAACUUUGAAAAAAUGACAUACAUGAAAACAAGUUUGGACGGAGCUAGUCCAGCCCAGGUGCCGCGCCCCGGUGCUGCUGCCCAGAGCCAUGCUGGCCACAGCACUGGGCGGGCAGCCACCACACGUGCCCUCACGUCUCGGGUGGAAGUGGCAGUGUAGAGAGAGGCGCCCUGGAGGCGGGCUGCUGGCAGAGCACACGCUGCGCUCCAGGGGCCAGCGCCUGGCCUCCGCCGCCUCCGUUCUGACCUGCCAUUGCCUUGGCUUCUUCAGAUACGGAACUGACACAGACCCAAGUUCAAUGCCUGGAGGGCACUGUCACCCCCCAGGGCCCCUCACGUUCCCUGAACGACAGGGUCACCAAGGUCCCUUCACUCCCAGACUCUAGAGCUGCACUCUUGAGGGUGGGGCCGCUCACUGCCAUCGUGGCCUCCUCGUUCCAGGUCAGUCAUUAAAAUGAGCUCACAGCGAGCGCCCCCUCUGCACACACACGCUCAGGUGCUUGGCGGCCGCCCGUGGCUGCAGGCAGCCUGUGCCCGUCCUCACAGAAGACUCGGACAGUGCUACUCUGGACUCUGUUCAGUGUCCCAGGGACAGGCGGCCCUAGGAGCUGGGGAGAGUGAGCAGA